AUUCUUACGUCGUCACAUUUAUUUCAAAAAUUUUAAGUCUAGAAGAGAUAAAUAUAAAUUAGUAUUUUCCAUUAACCGCGUUUCGUAUAUAGAAAGGAGUGACACCCUGCAGUUACUUUUCUAUUUUAUAGAGAGCAAAAAAAUUGUAUCCAAUAAUCCUUUGCAGAUUCGUUAUGCCAACUUCUGAUAACAAAAUUAUUUCCGCUCACAAUGGCACAUAGAGAUAGAUUUCUGAAGAAAGCAAAAUUUAUCAAGGAUGAUGAAAUUAUAAAGUCAAGAAAUAAAUUCAUUCGUUCAAGGAUACGAGUUGAGAAUUUGAAAAAAGUUUUAUUGUCUAAACGAAAUAGCGAAACUGAGGUAGUUGACAGUGAAUGGGUUGCAAGUGGAAAAUUAGGAACACGCGAUGCUGUUCUCAAGUUUCGUACCAACAUCCUCAAUUCAGACAUUUCCGCUACAUCAGAAAUUCAAGAUUCAAAUUCAGACAACAACGCAGCUGAUUCCAAGAAUCCCGUCAGCGGUUCAUCAACCACUCCUCAGUUAUUUGAUGGUCGAGGUCGAAGCAACAGCAUAGUUACAAAAUCCGCAAAAGAAUCUGCUGAGUCUGAGGAUACUGAAGCGGAUUUAAAUGAGUCGGGAGAUUUCCAAUGUGAUUCAGAGUAUUCAAAUCAUGAAGCUGAUGAGGGUAAUAUCGACUUGCCAUAUUCGAGAACGAUGCCUGCACACGUACUUAAAAUAACGUAUAAGUUUAUGCAAACGGAGACCAGAUUAAUUAGGAAGAUUUUUAAUAGACAUGGUUUAACUGAAGUACAAAAAGAUGAAAAUUUUAGUAUACUAUGGACUGGUGUUCAUAUAAAGCCAGAUAUUCUUCGAAAUCUGGCACCAUACCAAAGAGUUAAUCACUUUCCACGAUCGUAUGAGUUGACCAGAAAAGAUCGUCUUUACAAAAAUAUUGUACACCUUCAACAUUUGCAUGGAUUUAGAAUGUAUUUUUUGGCACAACAACGAAAUCCAAUUGUUAAGGAUGAAGAAGGUGAGCAGGCAGCGAGAAUGACGAAUAGUUGCGUUGAACUCCAGAAAGGAUUAAGUUUGUGUAGAAUGCCGCAUUGCUUCAAAUUACGUAUGAGUACGAAUUUAGCAUUUGUGCUGGCAGCUGCUGGUCGUGGUCAUGUGGAAGCAGUGGGUGAAGUCUUCUUUCCCAUUGUGACGCGUUUUCCAAACUCUAUUUUAUUGCAGAAGUAG